AGCGACGUCGUAAGAUAUCACAAAAUUCUAACAAGAGUCGCAAUAGUUGAGAGUCGCAACAAACCAUCUCAAGAAUUAGGGAAUUUUAUCGACCCUCAAACAUGGCGACGCUGCCUGAGCCUUCUUCCACCACCACGGCCUUGCCGGAGAAACGACACCGUUCGAUAUUCGUAGUGGAGACAAACUUCUUCAAUUCCUGCAUCCUCCUACCAACUCCACACUCAUUAACUCCUUCAUCUACUGAGUUCUCCAAUAACUCCAAUCUCGAAGCCGUUGACGAGACUGAGGAGGAGAAUCGAUCUCAAAACGCCGUCGUAUCAACUAGGUGGACCUGCAACACCUGCAAAAUUGAGUUUGAGUCCCUCAAAGAUCAGCGUUCGCACUUCAAAUCGGAUAUUCACCGAUUCAAUGUUAAGCUGAGCUUAGCUGGAAAGAACAUUGUGAAAGAGGAUGAUUUUGAGGAGUUAACACCUGAUUCAUUUAAAGACUAUGAUAUAUCUAGUAUAUCAGGGUCGGAGGACGAGAAUGAAAAGGAUAUUCAUCAUCGGAGGGGUUUUGUUGCUGAGAAUCUUAAGCAGAAGUUGUUUAUACAGCUACAAACGGGGGAGCGAGUUUCGGUGUGGAGGAGUUUGAUCAUGAAUGAGUCUGAAGAUAUUUUCUUUGAGAAUGAUAAUACAGGAUGUUUAGAUAAUGUGGGACCUGGGAUGGUGCCAUGUCUAAAGGAGAAAGAUGUGAUAGAGAGACUGAAAAAUGUGGUCUAUGAACCCAGAGAAAAAACCCAUUACAGGAUCGUGUUGCUGGCUAGUGGUGGGCACUUUGCUGGUUGUGUCUUUGAUGGUAACUUGGUUGUUGCUCAUAAAACAUUUCACAGAUAUGUUGUGAGGGGCAAGGCUGGAAAGAAACAGUCAUCAAAAGAUGCAAGUGGCAGGGCUGCACAUUCUGCUGGAGCAUCCCUUCGUAGAUAUAAUGAACUUGCUUUGAAAAAGGAAAUUCAAGAACUAUUUGCUGCUUGGAAGCCUUAUUUUGAUGCUUCCUCCUGUGUUUUCAUAUAUGCCCCUUCUAGCAAUCGUCAGCUGCUUUUUAAUGGGGAAAAGCCGUACUUUAGUAAUCAGCAUUGUGCUGUACGAAAUAUUCCAUUGACUGUUCGAAGGCCAACACUCAAGGAGGCCCGGAGAUUAUACGAUCAGUUGACUCAAGUAGCUCAUGAUGUAGAUGAGAAGGAAAUUGCAUCAAUCACCGCAAAAUUCACAAGUGACUCACUAUCUAGUAAAGGUACUGUUGGCGAUGAUAGCCUAAGAUUGUGCAAAGAGGUCAUAGUUAAAAACUCUGAUUGUACAAACUAUACUGAAGCACGGCCACUUAAUCAAAAUCUUGAUGAAACAUCUAUAUUAAGUGAGAGUGAAAACGAAGAUAUAGGCUCAUCAACACCUUUGCAUGAAGCAGCGCAGUCUAGUAGUGCUGAGAAAGUUUUAGAACUCUUAGAACAGGGUCUGGAUCCUUGUGCCAGAGACGAAAGAGGACGGACUCCAUACAUGCUAGCGAACGAGAAAGAGGUACGAAAUGUAUUCAGACGAUUCAUGGCCUUAAACCUUGAUAAGUGGGAUUGGCAUGCUGCUAAGGUGCCUAGUGCGUUGACAAAAGAGAUGGAGGAAUCUCAAGCGACCAAGCAGGCAGAAAAAGAUGCCAAGAGGAAAGCAAGAGCAAAAGAAUUGAAGAAGCUACGUAAAGCUAAGGAAAAGAAAGCUCAGGCUGAGGCUGAAGCUGCAUCUCUCAGUGCCUCCAAAGUUGCCCAAGCUCAGGGAACGUCUUCCUCAUCAGUCAAACGACAGACUCAACCUACUUCAGUUUCACGGAUUUCCAAAGAGGAGGAACUAAAAAGGACACAGGCUGCUGAGAGGGAAAAGAGAGCAGCUGCCGCCGAGAGGAGAAUGGCUGCUGCUGCAGCAGUUAAUGGUCAAGGCAAUAAUAGCACAACGACCAGAAGUGGGUUAGCUGGCGAUAUAAAUUGCUCCUGUUGUAGUGUGUCAUUGGCUGGUAAAGUCCCUUUCCAUCGGUACAACUACAAAUACUGCAGUACCUCAUGUAUGCAUGUUCAUAAAGAGAUCCUUGAGGAUGGGUAGGUAGUCCCAUUCCCAAUCUGCUGAGAUUGAGUGAUUGUGCUCUGAUCUGAUCUGAAGUUAUUAAUUUUAAGAUUUUGUAUUGUCUAGGCCUUGUACAUUUUAUAAUAGAUCGUUGAGAAAUUAUUACAUUCUCAAUUGUGGUUUGAUUCCUUAAAAAAAAAAAAAAAAAAAAACUAAUUAUUGUUU